AAAUCUCCCCCUUAGACUUUUAUUGACUUUUCUAUUAGAUGCACUGAUGCAUGCUAGGGAGGGGCUCUGAUUGGCACAGAUCUAGUGCAGAGGAGCUCGGAGCAGCUGCUGGGGAAGGACCCUCAUACAUCACCAGGGACCCCAAUGAGAACCUCUGGAGGAAGCUGAACUUUACCAAAACUUUCUGGGGGACCUUCACUUUUCACAGCUAAUAAUUUCUAAUGCAUUUACUGCAGAUGUAGCAGGCAUGGGAUAGGGUAGAUACAAUUCCAUCAUAGAAAAGACUUGAUAAUGCUUUCCCAUGAAUCCUCUGCCGAAGGGUGUGGUGUUUGAUCACUGCGCCUGAUCAUUUAAAUAGGCUGCUGGUGCUGGGGUUUACCCGGGUGAACUUGUUAGACUCAUAAGUGGGUUAAGACUUGCUGACUGGGUUCCAGUGGAUAAAUAUAAAUAAAAUGAGGACGCAGCACAGCGUACACACGGCGGUCUUGGUGUCGCUCCUGGCGGUGACAUUUUUCUUAUCCAAUCUUGGGCAGAGUCAAGUGACCCCACCAACAAAACUCAGGUACAAUGUAAUAGCACACGAUAGUGUACAGAUCUCAUGGAAGGCCUCCAAAGAUAAAAUAAAAGGCUAUAAACUCCUCGUCACCCCCAAAUCAGGUGGAAGAACCAACCAGCUAAAUCUUCAAAACACAGCGACCCGAGCCGUCAUUCAGAGACUUGAUCCAGAACGCAGUUAUACCGUGCAGGUCAUUGCAUUUAAUGAAGACGAUGAAAGCGUGCCAAUACGAGGAGAAUUUAGAAUUAAAGAUUUGGAGAAGAAGAAAAAAUCUGGUCGCAAUCGCAAGGUUGAAAACAAAGUCCCAGAGGAAGAUGCUAGGUUUUCUUGUAAAACUCCAGCAAAUGCUGAUAUAGUGAUCCUGGUGGAUGGUUCAUGGAGUAUAGGACGACUGAACUUUAGACUUGUCCGUCUGUUCAUAGAGAACCUGGUCAGUGCAUUCAACAUUGGCAACGAUAAAACUAGAAUAGGUUUGGCUCAGUACAGUGGAGACCCCAGAAUAGAAUGGAACCUGAACACCUAUGACACCAGGGAAGCUGUGAUAGAUGCCGUCCGUAACCUUCCUUACAAAGGUGGAAACACACUCACAGGGCUGGCCUUAACAUUCAUCCUGGAAAAUAGCUUUAAGCCAGAAGCAGGAGCUAGAGAGGACCUCCCGAAGAUUGGUAUUUUGAUUACGGACGGAAAAUCUCAAGAUGAUGUUAUCCCUCCUGCCAAGAGCCUGAAGGACGCAGGAAUUGAGCUGUUUGCUAUCGGUGUGAAAAAUGCGGAUCUUAAUGAAUUGAAGGAGAUUGCGUCCGAACCAGACAGCGACCACGUGUACAAUGUGGCCGACUUCAACAUCAUGAACUCGAUUGUAGAGUCACUUACCAAAACAGUGUGCGAGAGAGUGGAGGACAUAGAUAUAACUAUUAAAGCGGAAGUCGUUGAGGAACUUGGAUCUCCAUCUGAAUUAGUCACAUCAGAAGUAACAGCAAGAAGUUUCCGUGUUAGUUGGAGUCAUGCUCCAGGAAACGUUGAGAAAUAUCGUGUGGUGUAUUAUCCAACUAAGGGAGGACAGCCAGAAGAGGUUAUAGUUGAUGGUAGCGUAUCCACCACCAUACUCAAGAACUUGAUGUCUCUGACAGAAUAUCAGAUAGCCGUGUUUGCUGUAUACUCCAGAAGUACAACCGAUGGCCUACGUGGCACUGAAACCACAUUGGCAUUACCGAUGGCCUCGGAUCUCGAACUAUAUGACGUCACCCACCGAAGUAUGAGGGCAAAAUGGGUUGGUGUUGCAGGUGCUACCGGGUAUAUGAUCCUCUAUGCUCCCCUCACUGAAGGACUAUCUGCAGAUGAAAAAGAGAUGAAGGUUCCUGGUUCAGUGACAGAUGUUGAGUUGGAUGGAUUGACGCCCAUUACCGAGUACACAGUGACAGUCUAUGCAAUGUUUGGAGAAGAAGCCAGCGAUCCACUCACCGGACAAGAAACCACAUUACCACUGAGUCCACCCAGAAACCUCAGAUUUUCUAAUAUUGGACAUAGCACGGCCACAGUCUCUUGGGACCACUCUCAUAAAAAUGUAAAUGGAUAUCGUAUUAUAUAUGUGAAGACCGGAGGUGCUGAAACCAAUGAUGUGGAAGUCGGGAAAGUUGCAACCUAUGACUUGAAGAAGUUGUCCUCAUUGACUGAAUACACGGUGGCCAUCUUCUCCGUUUUUAAUGAAGGACAAUCUGAGCCUCUCACUGGCACUUUUACUACACUGCCAGUCCCCAAUCCCCGGGAUCUGGAUGUCAGAGAUAUCACUACACACAGUUUCAGAGCUUACUGGAUUCGCUUUGCUCCAGACAUCAUGAUGUAUAGGCUGCGAUGGAUGCCCCGCAGCGGUGGCAGCACCCAGGAGGCUCUUGUGAAUGGAGACACCCUCUCUUAUCUUAUGGAUGGUCUCACUCACAGCACCGAAUAUGAAGUUUCCUUGUCCGCCAUAUUUGCUGAUGAAACAGAAAGCGAUUCUCUAUCGACUUUGGCUACAACUUUGACCAGAACUACGACGGCUCCAACUACAGCAAGACCCACAACACAAGUGAUCCGCUUAGGUAUCAGAAACCUUCUAAUAGAUGAUGAGACCACGUCCAGCCUUCGUGUGUCCUGGCUGAUGACAGAUGGCAACAUUCGCCAAUAUAUCAUAUCUUAUGUUACUGCAUAUGGCGAUCGGGAAGAAGUGAAAGUUGUAUCUGGCAGGGACAGUGAAGUUGUUCUGCAGUCUCUACUAUCAGACACUGAAUACAAAGUCACACUGACCCCUGUGUAUUUCAAUGGAGAAGGAAAUGCUAUGUCAGCAUCUGGCAGAACCUUGCCAUUAUCUGCGCCCCGAAAUCUUCGUGUGUCUGAUGAAUGGUACAACAAGCUGCGGAUUACCUGGGACCCCCCACCUUCCCCCACAAUGGGAUACAGAAUUAUAUACAAGCCUACAGGAGGAGCUGGCCCGGCUCUGGAGACCUUCGUUGGAGACGAUGUGAACACUAUGCUCAUUCUCAAUCUUCUCAGCGGAACCGAGUACAACCUGAAGGUCCUUGCCUCGUAUUCCACUGGAUUCAGCGAUGCCUUAACUGGAGUGGGCAAAACACUGUAUCUCGGAGUGACCAAUCUGUACGCCUAUCAGAUUAAGACGACAAGCAUCUGUUCUCAGUGGCAGCAGCAGAGACAUGCGACAUCCUAUAGAAUCAUCAUAGAGUCCCUGAGAGAUGGAACCAAACAAGAAGCCAGCCUUGCUGGGGGAACAUCUAGACACUGUUUCUAUGACCUUUUCCCAAAUUCUAAAUACAGAAUCACCGUGUAUGCACAAAUCCAAGAGAGUGAAGGCCCCGGCGUGAGCAUUGUGGAAACUACAUUGCCACUUCCAACCGCUGCACCAACCCGACCACCGCCAACAGCUCCUCCUCCAACCAUUCCUGCCGCUAAGGAAGUGUGUAAAUCUGCCAGAGCUGACGUGGUCUUCUUGGUGGAUGGAUCCUGGAGUAUCGGAGAUGACAACUUCCACAAAGUCACCCGUUUCCUAUUUAGCACUGCUGGAGCCUUUGAUGUGAUCGGCCCAGAGGGAACACAGGUCGGGAUCGCUCAGUAUAGUGACGACGCCAGGACUGAAUUUAAAUUAAGCACCUAUAAAAACAAGCAGUCUCUGCUGGCGGCCAUUAACAAUAUAUCUUACAAAGGAGGGAAUACAAAAACAGGCCGGGCAAUCAAGCAUGUCCGAGAAGAUGUGUUUACCGUGGAGUCCGGCAUGAGGAAAGGUGUGCCAAGAGUCCUGGUGGUGAUUACCGAUGGGCGCUCUCAAGAUGAAGCCAUCAAGUUUGCUCAAGAAAUGCAGCUGGAAGGAUUCAGCAUUUUUGCGAUCGGAGUGGCGGACGCAGACUACGCGGAACUGGUGAACAUUGGCAGCAAGCCCAGCGAGAGGCACGUGUUCUUUGUCGACAACUUUGAUGCCUUCAAGAAGAUAGAAGACGAGCUGAUCACUUUCGUCUGCCAGACAGCAACCGCAACUUGUCCGUGGGCGUAUAUUCAAGGCAACAGCGUGUCAGGGUUUAAAAUGAUGGACAUGUUUGGCUUGGUGGAAAAGGAAUAUGCGGCCAUGGAUGGGAUCUCUAUGGAACCAGGAACCUUCAACAACUUCCCGUGCUACAGAAUACACAAGGACGCACUGGUGUCCCAACCUACCAGAAAUAUUCAUCCAGAAGGUCUUCCUACAGAUUACACUGUUUCCUUUCUUUUCCGAAUUCUUCCUGACACCCCUAAAGAACCAUUUGCUCUCUGGGAAAUCUUAAAUAAAGACUAUGAACCACUAGUUGGCGUAAUACUCGACAACAACGGCAAGACGCUCACAUAUUUCAAUUACGACAACAAGGGACAGUUUCAAACCAUUACCUUUGAAGGACCAGAGGUCAGGAAGAUAUUCCAUGGCAGCUUCCACAAGGUACAUAUAGUAAUAACCAGGUCUAUGUCCAAACUGGUCAUCGACUGCAAACAAGUGGCCGAGAAACCGAUCAACGCAGCUGGAAACAUCACAGUCGAUGGCUUUGAAGUCUUGGGAAGAAUGGUUCGUUCUAGAGGACCAAAGGACAAUUCUGCUCCGUUCCAACUCCAGAUGUUCGAUAUUAUUUGUGCAUCUUCUUGGGCCAGUCGAGAUACAUGCUGUGAACUUCCCGCUCUGAGAGACGAGGCCACCUGUCCCCCCCUUCCAAACUCCUGCUCCUGCUCCCAGGAAAAUAAAGGGUUACCCGGACCCCCUGGAUCUCCGGGCGGUUCAGGUAUGAGAGGCCCCCAAGGAUCCCCAGGAGAGAAAGGCCCACCUGGACCAGAAGGACCACGAGGUAUAAUUGGCGCACCAGGAAACCCAGGACCACCUGGACCACAAGGACCAAAUGGCCAUUCUAUUCAAGGACCACCUGGUGCACCUGGAACAAAAGGUGACAAGGGAGAAGGUGGAAGCCCAGGACUACAGGGGCUUCCCGGACCAACAGGUGCCCCUGGACGUGAUGGACCUGAAGGACAACGGGGAGGACAAGGAAAAGAUGGUUCAAAUGGCGCACAAGGACCUCCAGGCCCCAUGGGUGCACCAGGCAACCCAGGAUCUCCCGGUGUCCCAGGCAGCACAGGAUCUCAGGGUGAAUCUGGAUCCCCGGGUCUUCCAGGCCCAAAAGGGGAAAGAGGAGAAAGAGGUGACACCCAAUCCCAGAACAUGGUGCGGGUCAUUGCCCGGCAGGUGUGUGAGCAGAUCAUCCAGAGUCACAUGGCAAGAUUCAAUUCGCUCCUGAACCAAAUACCGAGUCAGUCCGUAUCAGUUAGGAGUAUUGCAGGACCACCAGGGAUACCUGGCCAACGAGGUCCUGUGGGACCACCCGGAGAACAGGGAUCACCUGGAAGGUCAGGAUUUCCUGGCAAUCCUGGAAGCCCCGGAGCACCAGGAGAAAGAGGUCUAACUGGAGAAAAAGGAGAACGAGGCAACCAAGGAGUGGGAACUCAGGGCCCACGGGGUCCCCAGGGACCUCCAGGACCCCCAGGAGAAGGUCGGACUGGAAGCCAAGGACCCAUCGGGCAACCUGGACAACGUGGAGUGCCAGGUCCACCGGGAAAUAUUGGUCAAAUUGGACCUCCUGGACAACCAGGUUAUUGCGACGCUUCAUCUUGCGCUGGAUAUGGUGGAUAUGAGGGUGAACCUGGACAAAGCGGGCCCGAACCCUAUGGCCAAGAAGGUCGUUAUGAUGAUGAUGAUGAUGAGGACGAUGAAGAUCCUUAUGGUGGAUACCAAAUGCCCUACCCUGAUUCCUACUCCCAAGCUGGCUACCACCAACUAGAGUAUGCACCGGUCCAAGAGGGGGAAGAUUCGGUGGAGGUGAGAUCACCUGGGAUUAACCGCAUGGCCAGAAGUAUUUUAAAAAGAAGAUCAAAAUCUCUGAAUAUUCUUCAGGAUGGUUAAGUGGGACUCACUGAGUAGGUACUCUUACUUCCAUGGCGGGACAGUCAUCAGACGUUGUCUACAAUACAUUGUAAUGUACAUAAGUAUUGCUCUGUGUUCAUGGAAAUUGUUUACGUAAAUUUUAAGUCCAAUUUUAUGUUUUUAUUCAGUAUGUACUGUGAGACCAGAGGUUAUUGCUUAAUUCCCUUCUACAGUGAGUCCUGCCCUAUAUAUGUAGCGAUAGACAAGGAUAAUAAUAAGCUAAAUAUAAGACAGACAAGGUGUUAGGCCACUUCACCCUCCGUAAUUUCGGUGGGGCCAUUUGAUUGCGGGAAGAGAUGAAAAGGGUACAAUGAAAAUUAGUAAAAAAAAAUAGAGUUGUAUAGAAUUUUUGGGUAAGGUCAAAAUAAAAAUGAUACUUCCCGAUUUGAGGAGGACAUUUUGGAUUUAAGAAUCUCGCUUCAAUGUGGUUUAGUCUUCCCAUGUCCUCUCUGCUCAAUGCUUUAGGGUUAGAGUAGAGACCUUCUUUUGGUGGUAACUAAGGACAGUUUUGGGCUUGGCAAAAUUUUGGUGGAAAUUGGGUUCAAUCUCAAGGAGUCAACUCAUUUCUAUGUUCCCAGAAAUCAGUUUUUGCAUGCAGGGUCUGGGGCUCAUGAACAUGAAGACGACUGUGCCCUUCCUUAGUCUCAAAAAAUUGUCUGGAUCAGCAGAUGGUCUUGGGGUAUAUGGUUAUCUUGAUGGUGCCAAACUGAUCAUUCAAAUGUAAUAUUUGACUCCCAAAGUCUUACCUUUUGUUGACAUUUAUCUUGUGUUUGGACAACAUCCAUAGACAAUAUCACAUACACUUAGUAACCACCGGCUUUAAAUAAUACUCCCCUAUAGUUAUUGGUCAUCGACAUGGCAUUCAUUAGGAGGAAUAACUAAAAACAAUUGUUGGCUGUUUUCUAGUGUCCUAAACUUCCUGUAGGGUCAUGCUCAACAACCCCAUAUAGACUGAUGAGAUCAUCAUGACAUCGCCAUACUGCUGAUCACGACAUCAUAGUUGUUCUAUGUUCCCACGAUCUACCAACCAGAUAUAACCUAGAAAUCUCUUCCAAAUAUUUCCCACUCAAAUUUACCAAAUUCUUCUGCAGUUUUACAUCCGAUUGCUCGUUGUGAUGUUGAAAUUUUGUUUCGUUUUGCCUGUAUCGAUACAUUUUGUUACUUGUAGUAAUUUAAAUGACUGGAGACAUCAGUCCACAUCUUUACAUUGUAUAUUGUGUCUAAACUUUUCAUGGGUUCCCGGUCAUUCCUGCAAUAACUUUGUAUACCGCCACUUACUGUCUUUCUGUGCCAGGUGCUAAACUGACCACCCGAAAUGAAACGUGAGAGUAAUUUAUUGUAAACCAAUUUCCACUGUUUUGUAAAGACAAAUAAAGAUUGUUACAAGUUCCAAUGGGCCGUAAGUGUGUAAUUGUUUAAUAAAGCCAUGAACA